GGAGGAUCUGACGAAAGCAUAGGCGCUAGUGACAAAAAAGCCAAGGCUUAAGGCUUACUUCUAGACAUUCAUCUUGUAUUUGCCAGGGUUCUUUCGUCAGGGAAGGGUUUCGUCAGGGAAGGGUUUAUUUGUCAGGGAAAAUGACUACCAAGAUGCUCUUCAGGAUGAAUAUCGGUGAGGUCUAAGAAGCCUUUGACACGAAUGAGCAACUUAGAUUGCAGCUAUAUGCAAAUGAAAGGUGGUUUCAGAUCAUGAAGACGAAGGAUAGUACAAACACCAGUCUGGAACAGCAACUUCAGGUCCAGGACCAUGGGAACCAGACAAAAAAUAGUUGGUUUUUCCUAGAUACUGCAAGUGAUCUUUGUCUGAACUACUACGCGUACGCAAGCACAGGUGGAGCACGAGCGGAGUUUGCUGAUGUGGCUACGAUGCUGAGGGAAGUCAUGGCGCC